AUCAUUCUUUCUCUCUCUAUUACCAUCGAAAGUACAUAAUGUCAAAAUAGUUCAUGGCUCUGUAAAAUCGUAUGUAUGUCAGAUAAGAGGACUCCUCCGUUUACUCCGAGGAUCGAUCUUAGCGAAGCUGUUCUUCAUAGAGCUAUUAUAUGUGUAUGAAGUAUAUAUUUGAAGGAAGUCAAGUUCGAUCAACUUAAUCAAGAAAGCGUCAUUGGCUAUCCUCUGUCCAGCUGUCUCACAAAGAAACUCAUUUAGUGUCUCUAUUAUCACCGAGGAUUCAUCUCAAAUAAAAUCUGAAAAGGUUCAUUUCCGAUCUGUUAUCCACUCGAAUACCUCUGUAAACAGAGAAAAAUACAUAGACGCAGUGCUUGGAUGAAGGUUUGAAGAUUGCAAUUGGGUUUCUGGUGUAACAACGUAAAUCAAUAAUUGAGUGGUCCCUCUAGGAAGAAAAAAGAAAGUGUUCGAUCGAUGGAAAAACCAAUUGAAGAAGAUGCUAUUCGCGAGAGCGUUGUCUCCAAAGCCUCCUCUUGUACACAGUGGAGCCAGUGGCAACUACUCGAUUCCAUUUUACCAACAGGAGGCUUCGCUCAUUCCUUCGGUCUCGAAACAGCUGUUCAGACACGGUUAGUUUCCUCUCCGACAGAUCUCGAAACCCACAUCAUCCACGUCUUAGACAACACAGCUAGCCUAUUACUUCCUUUUGUCUACUCUGCCCUCAAAUCUCCCGACAUAGAGACAUGGCAAAGACUCGAUCUCUUACUUGACGCUACCUUAACAAACCAAGUCUCUUCAAAGGCAUCGAUCUCUCAAGGAUCAGCCUUGUUCCGUAUAGCUGCUUCUGUUUUCACUGAGAUCCCAUCUCUAAAGAUGAUCAGAGACGCUUCUUUGGGCUCCAAGGAGUUACGUUUCCACCACGCUCCGAUAUUUGGGCUUGUAUGUGGGCUUCUUGGGAUGGACCCCGAGACUUCUCAGAGGGCUUACCUGUUUGUUACGCUGAGAGAUGUUGUCUCGGCUGCAACGAGGUUGAACUUGGUGGGACCGAUGGGCGCUUCAGUGAUGCAGCAUCGUAUCGCCGUUGUUGCUGAAACGGUUUUAGAGAAGUGGAAGGAUCGUGAUGCGGGUGAAGCGUGUCAGACAUCUCCUUUGCUAGAUGUUGUGCAAGGUUGUCAUGGUUACUUGUUUUCUAGAUUGUUUUGUUCUUGAUGAACACAUAUGAAUGUAACUUUUAUGUUCUCUAAUUGAGUUUGUAAUAAGCAUGAGAAUGAUUUAAUUAUAUGGAACUAUAUACUUGAGAUA